UCCCGUCGCUACGCCAUGGCGAUGGCGUCCUGGUCCUGGGUCCUCUCCGCGUGGAUCCCGCGAGCAAAAACAAAAAAUGAGGAGGAGUUCAUACUCGCCAGCUCCAACUCAAAAGUCUCGUUAGGCGUGCGCGAAAGCGAAAAUCUCGAGCCGAAUCAACCGAAAAAGGAGGUUGAAGAAGAACAAGUCCGCGCGUGCCGGUGCCCGCCUACCCCCGCCCCCGCCCCACUACCCGCGCCCGCCGCUUCGUCGUCAACCCACCUUACCUGCCCCCCACUCCGUCUCCCCUCGCGCCGUUCGCUUACCCAGAUCCGCCAAGACCAUCUCCCCGCCUCCGCUUUCGGUUUCUUGGAAAUGGGGGCGCCGCCGUGGAGGCUGCUGUGCUGCUGCUGCUGCCGCGAGUCCGAUCGCAAUGGGGUGGACGACCUCAAGCUCAAGCCCGACGCCGCCGAUGGGGAGGAGGGGGCGGCGGGGGACUGGUACGACCUCCCGCCAUUCCAGGACUUCACCUUCCAGCAGCUGCGCCUCGCCACCUCGGGCUUCGCCGCCGAGAACAUCAUCUCCGAGAGCGGCGACAAGGCGCCUAACGUCGUCUACAAGGGCAAGCUCGACGCCCAGCGCCGUAUCGCCGUCAAGCGCUUCAGCCGCUCUGCCUGGCCCGACCCGCGCCAGUUCAUGGAAGAAGCUAAGUCUGUUGGCCAGCUCCGGAACAAAAGAAUCGUAAAUUUGCUUGGUUGUUGCUGUGAAGCCGAUGAAAGAUUGCUUGUUGCUGAGUACAUGCCCAAUGACACACUGGCGAAGCAUCUGUUCCAUUGGGAGUCACAGGCAAUGGUAUGGCCCAUGAGAUUACGGGUUGUUCUGUAUCUUGCCGAGGCUUUAGACUACUGCAUAAGCAAGGAGCGGGCUCUCUAUCAUGAUCUUAAUGCCUAUAGAGUUCUGUUUGAUGAUGACUGCAACCCUAGGCUUUCAUGUUUCGGCCUAAUGAAGAACAGUCGGGAUGGCAAAAGUUACAGCACCAAUUUGGCAUUCACUCCUCCUGAAUAUAUGAGGACUGGAAGAAUAACUCCGGAAAGUGUCAUAUACAGCUUUGGCACAUUGUUGUUGGAUGUUCUUAGUGGGAAGCAUAUUCCUCCUAGCCAUGCUCUUGAUCUGAUUCGUGAUCGAAACUUCAGUAUGCUCAUAGAUUCCUGUUUAGAGGGCCAAUUUUCGAACGAGGAAGGAACAGACCUGAUGCGUUUAGCUUCAAGGUGCCUGCAUUAUGAACCACGAGAGCGGCCUAAUGUAAGAUCUUUGGUUCUUGCACUGGCUUCUCUUCAGAAGGAUGUUGAGUCCCAAUCUUACGAUCUGAUGGAUAAGCCCCGUGGUGGUGCAUUUACUCUUCAAUCAAUUCAUCUUUCUCCUCUUGCGGAAGCUUGCUCCAGAAAGGAUCUUACUGCAAUACAUGAACAUCUAGAAACAGCUGGCUAUAAAGACGAUGAGGGAACAGCAAAUGAGCUCUCAUUUCAGAUGUGGACUAAUCAAAUGCAAGCUACAAUUGACUCAAAAAAGAAGGGCGACACUGCAUUUCGACAAAAGGAUUUUAGCAUGGCCAUUGAUUGCUACUCUCAGUUCAUUGAUGUUGGUACCAUGGUUUCACCGACAAUUUAUGCGAGGCGUUGCUUAUCAUAUCUCAUGAAUGACAUGCCACAACAAGCUCUGGAUGAUGCAGUGCAGGCUCUGGCGAUAUUUCCUACAUGGCCAACUGCAUUUUAUCUUCAGGCUGCGGCCCUAUUUUCAUUAGGAAAAGAAAACGAAGCUCGAGAAGCACUCAAGGAUGGUUCGGCUGUGGAGACAAGGAGUAAGGGGCAUUGAAGAUGGAUAGCUGAACAUCAGGUGCUCUCAUUUGGACAUAAUUUGUUGGAGACAACAGCAGUUGUUAAUCUGGCUUAGGCGCAUGGAGACUGUCAGUUAGCCUUGUGAUACAUAUAUAAUUUGUGGUGUAUAUACGAAAAACAUGCAUAGAUAGAAUAGACUGGAGAGAAGGCAGGACAGAGGAGAUACCAACGUUGAAUAAAAAUGUUUAUCCUACAUGGAGUUAACAAGGGGAGAGGAGGUGAGGAUGUUCAUCCAGGUCGCCCUGCCACAUAAAAGAGGAGAUACAGAAAAGAAAAGGUUGCCAUCUGUUCUGUCAAACAUCAUCAUCACCCAUCAGAUCAUGUUAGUGUUGGUGAUAGAUUGUAGGGUUUGUAGAGCAAGUGUUGUUUGGUCUUUUUGCUCUUGUCUUGGUUCUCGGCUCAGCUGGGCACUGUGAUUUGGGUCAUGUACGAUUGGUAUUAUUAGGAGUGUAGUUGAGAGAAGAUUGCUGAACUCUCCUGUAAUGGUUCAAUCGUGGGCACAGUGUGAGCUUUGUAUAUUUGUGAGAAGGCUCUAUUCGGAACAGAUCAUGCUACUUUGUUGGUCCCAUAAGCCAUGAAAUGGUUGGUGGCA